CGUUGUUUUGCCUCUGAUGCAGACCAGAGAGUAAACCGUGUUAGAAAAAAAGAGUCGAGAGCAUGUUACGUAUCGUCGUUGAUCGGAAAGCUUAUCUAGUCGAAUUUUUCGUAAAAACGCGAUGUCGGUGCCGCGUGGGAAAUUUUAUUACGCUUACAACAACGAGAAACUUGGAUACGUAAAGAGGAGAAGCAAGCAAAACGCGAGGGCCGCUAUGACGGCGAAUCGCGUUGUUGUGCUUCUGAUUUUCGUGUCAGGAGUCGCGGUUGCUGUCAUCAGCACUUACCUAUCACAAUAUAUUCGUGGCUCGCUCAGAUAUUUACCGGAUCGUGACUAUCGACACGUAUUUAUUCCACUUCCUUCGGAAGGCGUAUUAAACGUGUACGACGAAGGUACUUUGGAUGUGGCGUUACCAAGGUCUCGAAUGCAUCGUCAACUGCAAAUCCAGAAUAGCGCAACCUCUACCGCGGAAGCUUUGACCUCGUUGCAUUUGGCAUUGGAAAUGAAAUUGUCGGGUAAGCAGAAAAAAGCGAUCAAAUUGUUCCAGCAUGCGGUUGCACUGGCACCUCGUCAUCCGGAUAUCCUGAAUCAUUACGGCGAGUUUUUGGAGCAUACGCAAAACGACGUUAUCAAAGCGAACGAAUACUAUGUACGCGCUCUGAGCUAUCAACCGAACCACGAAGGGGCAUUGAUGAACAGUCAAAGGACGGCUAGGGUAGUGGAGGAAUUGGAUCGAAGGAUGCUUCGACGCAUAGACGACAAACGAAACGCGCUCUCUGCGAUACCUGAUAACAAUGUGGCAUUGAUACGUGCGAAAAAGGAGGCUUACUUUCAACAUAUUUAUCACACGGUUGGCAUCGAGGGAAACACUAUGAAUUUGGCUCAGACUAGAGCCAUCGUCGAAACGCGGACCGCCGUUGCUGGUAAAAGCAUCGACGAGCACAACGAGAUUCUCGGCUUGGACGCUGCCAUGAAAUACAUCAACGCUACGCUAGUUAAUAAAGUAGGAUCCAUUACGAUUAAGGAUAUAUUGGAGAUUCAUAUGCGCGUUUUGGGACACGUAGACCCUGUACAAGGUGGUCAAUUUCGGCGUACGCAAGUGUACGUGGGCGGUCAUAUACCACCUGGCCCCGGAGAUAUUCACUAUCUUAUGGAAGAAUUCGCGUUAUGGCUCAACAGCGAGAGAGCUAUUCGAAUGCAUCCGGUCAGAUACGCAGCUUUGGCGCACUACAAGUUGGUACAUAUACAUCCCUUCUCCGAUGGCAAUGGAAGAACGUCUCGUUUGCUGAUGAACAUGAUUCUCAUGCAAGCUGGUUAUCCACCGGUUAUCAUCCAUAAACAGCAUCGACAUACUUAUUACGAAAAUCUACAAAUAGCGAAUACAGGAGACGUACAACCGUUCGUUCGAUUUAUAGCCGAAUGUACGGAACAAACGUUGGACCUGUUUUUGUGGGCAACCAGCGAGUUUUCUAGACAAGUUCCCGCACUUAGCCAAGAUACUUUGUUCACCGAACGACGUAAUACCAUCGUUUUGGAGGACGAUGUCACUGAUGGUGCGACCAACAUUUUUGACGCUGAUUGAUAGUUUCGGUAACUUUUCGCGAUACAUUUACCAACAUUCUUUUCCUAGACCAAAGAUACUAAUUCAGCCGAUCGAUCGUUUUAUCGUGUCGCUUCGCUUCGUUUGCGAUGAUGUUUCCUUGCGUUGAAAUCGUAACUUCCGUCCUCAAAUCUCCAAUCAUUUUUUUCCAUAGAAUUAGAAAUCUUACCUCUUUCCAAUUGCCCUGGACGAACCUAUCGCGAACGUUUACACUAUUUCUACAAUUUUUUUCCCGUACGUCUUGACUUUCCAACGACAGUACAC